AUGGAAUUAGAAAAUCUUCCGUUAGACAAUGAAGUGAGCAUUUCCAGUCCAAAUAAAAUGCUCAAUCUGCUCGAUUGCUUAGAAAAAGACUACUCAUCCAAUCAUACAACUAAAAAUUGCUUAAUUAAUAAUCCAAAAUCAAAAAAAAUACUAAAAGAAGCUAAUUCAGAUACUAUCGGAUUCUUUGACUCUAAUGGGUAUUGCAAAGGUUUUAAACAAAAGAGCAGCUCAAAUGCAUUAAAAAAUUCUUUUUUAGAAAAUAAUCGUGUUGGCACAAAUGAGCAAGUAAAAGUUAAUUUAUCUGAAAAAACUAAGAAAUUAAACAAAAAAAGCUUCCAAAAUAUGCAGAAACCACUAAUUAACCUUGAGCUAAAAGAAGAAAAGAAAGGCCUUUUUCAAGUCCCUAUUCAAGAUUACUUGUACGUUGAGCGAAAUUCUUAUGAUAUUUUUAUAUCAAGCAUAAGGUCUGCAAACGAUUAUACUCUCCUGUUGAGAAAUAAAAUAAAAUCAAUUGUAUCAAUAGACACAUAUAGAGCAUCCGGAUUUUAUUGGAAAUUUUUUAAAGGUGAUAUGCUAAAUAUCACUCUUGAUAAAAAUGGGAGCAACACAAAAAAAGUUUUGAAAGAAAUAACAAACUAUAUUGAUUUCAGGCUGCCUAAAGGCAAUAUUUUGAUCUGCUGCCCUACGGGCAGCUCAGAGUCUUGUGCAGCUGUUAUAGGAUAUUUAAUAUCAAAAUACAAAUUAAAUUAUAAUGCAGCAUAUAAGGUAGUUUCAAGAGAAAGGCGCUCUUGCUCAAUUGAUUUUGAGAUUCAGAGAAAUUUAGAAGGUCUUGCAAGUGAUUAUUUUUAA